AUGGGUUCAAAAUUUAGUCAUGGAAUUACGUGCUUUUUGUUUUUGGUAACAAUAUUUGCCAUCAAAGCCAAAACGGAUGGUAUCGAUCUUGACAUAAAAAAAUUUGGGGCCAAGGGUGACGGCAAGACAGGUGAUACUGCUGUAAGAACAACUUUUGCUUAUGAGAUUGAACAGUGCAGUCUUCAGAUACGAAGUGUAACUGGAGGUGCCCAUCCAAAUGCGUGGAUUACUUUCCAAAAUAUCAAGAACUUGUCAAUCUAUGGAGAAGGCACUUUUGAUGGCAAGGGAGUUGAUAAGGAUUGUCCUUCAACUACAACUGGAAACAAAUGCACCAGUAAACCUAUGAAUUUUCUUUUCUUUCGGGUCACCAAUGCAGAAAUCGGAGAUAUAACCUCGACCAAUUGCGACUACGUCCACAUUGGCAUUUUUGAGAGCACCAACGUGUUAAUCGAAGAUGUUAACAUCUACGAAAUGGAUAUCAUAAUAUACAACAGCAACUGCAUUACCAUUAGCAACGAUAACUCUGAUAUCCAUGUCGAAAAAAUGCCUUGCGAGGCCGGGAACGGACUUGGUAUCGGACCCCUGGGUACCGAUCAGUUCGAAAAAUCCGUGAAGUGCGUGACCGUUAAGAACUGCACCUUUGGGCACACUGAGGGAGGCAUUCGUAUCGAGAGUUAUCAUGGUUCUCAAAAACCUUUAGAGAUUUCCAAUUUGAUUUUUGAUGACAUUAUCUUGGACUACACCCAGAACACUCCUAUAAUCUUGACCCAAGAGUUAUGCAUUCCCCCGAAAGGCAAAGGGCGUUGUGAAAAGACGGUGCCCUCGAAUUUUAAGAUAUCGAACGUGAGCUUCAAGAACGUCAAGGGCACGACCGUGCACGCUACCGUUGUCAAACUUUCGUGCGGGGAGGGGGCAUGCAAUGAUGUGAAGUUUAGUGACAUGAGCGUAAAUGUGAUAGGGGGCGACAGUCCCGCAGCUUAG